AUGCAGUUAUUGAAUUUUGAUCAACUUGUUUAUCCAAUUAUGAUGUAAAUUAGAGCACUUAGAGAUGUUAAAAAAUAAGAUUCAAUGAUAUAGUCAAUCCUUGUAAGAAUUCAAUUAAAAUAGGAAUGCCAAAAUAAAGUAGAAUGCUUAGUUUUGUGCUUAAUGAAAUUUGCAUUAGAUUAUGUUAUAGAUGGUCCAAAUAAAGUUUAAAUUUAGUAUCAUUAUGAAAGAAAUACAAUUAAAGAGGAACUCAUUUGUAAAUUAUAUCGUUUGCAAGAAUUUCUUAGUAAAUAAGAAUUUGCUAAGCUUAAAAGAUAAAUUAAUGAUGAAAUUUAAAAUCCAGAAGGAUUUAGUGAGACUUCUAGUGAUAAUGAAUAAGAAAGUUUUUAAAUUAAAUUGGUAUAAUAUCUAUUAAUAAGACAGGUCAUCUUAAAGAAUUUAGCCCUGAAAUUCAAAAAUUGAAUGCUAUUAUCCAUGAUUUGAAAUCACAAUUAUCAUCAUUUGAAGCCAAAGAAACUAGAAGAAGAAAUUCUAUUGAUUAAUUAACUACAGCACAUUUUAAAGAAGUUUAAGCGUUGAAAUAAUAAAUUAGAAUUUAAAGUUAAGAGGAAGAACUUAACGAAUAUAUAGAAGUUGUUUAUUUUGAUAGAACUUCUACUUUAGAACCAGAGAUAUGUGAAAUGAUGAAUGAAAAAAUUAGGAAUAUUAAAUAAUAAUAUGAAAAAUAUGUAUAAUAAUUCAUGUAGAGAAAGAAAUCAUAAUAAAUUGAAUAACCUAUUUAAGUAAAACAAAAGGAUGAUGUUAAUAAAUCUGUUGAAAAUUUAACUGAAAAAGAAUUAAUUAAAUUACUUUUAAAUAAAUAAUCUAAUCCCUAUAUAAUUUGGAAGUUAAUUGAAGAAUAAAGAUCCUGUCGAUUUCUACUUUGUGUUUUGACCAAUCAAGAAAAACAAUAUGGAAUUUCUUAUAAGGAAAUAAAUGAAAUAUUAAGAUGUAAUAAAUAGGAUCUAAGAAAACUACAAGAAAUAAAAAAUUAAAUGUAGGAAUCAUAAACUUUAUUAAGUGCUUAAUUUUCAAUUUAAAUAUAAUAGUAUAAAAGAUAAUUAAUGAAUCUUAAUUCAUAAAUCUAAGAAUAAUCUGCCUAUUAUUCAUAAUAGUUAAGAAUUUUAACAGAUAAAAAUUCAAAUUAAAAUACAAUUUAAUUUCAAACAUAAAUAGAGAUUUUAAAUAAAAAAAUAUUAUUAUUACUAAAUGAAAAUAUUAAUAAUAAAUUAGAAAUAGAUAAAUUAUUGAUUACAAAUAAAUCACAAUAGUAAUAAAUAUAAUUUAUAUAUGAUAAUACUAAGUUAUUAUUUUAGAUUAUUGAUUCAAAAGCAUAAUUAUAUUCUUAAUUAGAUAAAUUUGAUUGGUCCAAAGAUUAAUCUAAAAUACUUUCAACAAUUUAAUAAUCUAUUACAAAUAUAGAUCCAUUUCUAUGUGUUCUAUUUUAAACAUAAUUAUCACUUCUACUUUUUCAACAUUAAGCUUAGAAAAUUACAUUAAAUGUAGAUAUUACUCCAUAUUCAAAAUUUACUCAAACAGAUGAAUAAGAUUAAAUAUCUUAUAUAAUAUCAAAUUAAACAAUUUCAAAUAAAGAUAAUUUAAUUAAUAAAGUUAAUUAAUAUACUUAAACAAAUUAAUUCAUCUAAUAUUCAACCAGAAAAAUAAAUAAAACUGAAAAUCUUUUAGAUUCUAAUAAUAUAUAGAUUAAUUAAAUGAAAUUUAAAUAGAAAUUUGAAAAUGAUGUUUUUGAUAGAUUAUUUGAAAAUCCUUAAAAAAUGAAUCAAAAAAUGCAAUAAUUAAGACCAUUCAUAGAAAAAAUGAAUGAAAAAGAAUUUUCUGACAUUUUGUAGAUCUUUAAUUCUUUAUAAUAUGAUCAUUCAAAUGAAAAAUUCUAAUUAGAUUUAUCAUCACCUAAUAAUCAAAUUAUAGAAUUACCACAAUAGAAACCUCCAUAAUUUGAAAUGACUUAAAGAUCAUUAAAAUUUAUGAAUACUCUAAAAUAGAAUAAAUUUAAUAUUCAAAAGAAACCUAGCAGAUCUGUUGAUUAAAAUUUAGUGUAUUAAUAAGCUAAUUAGUAUAUAUUUAAUUUAUAUUUUAGACUUUUUACAGAUUUAGAUAAAUAAAGAGCAUAAGCCUAAUUCUAAUUUUAAUAAAGCCGUACAGGAUCAUUGAAUAGAAGAAUUUCUCGAUUAAUCCCUACUUCUUUAGAUGAAAAAUUAAAGUAAAAAAGAUUGUUAUCCAUAAACUGA